ACCUCCACACGAGAACAUGCCUCUCGCAAAGGAUCUCCUUCAUCCCUCUCCAGAAGAGAAGAGGACACACAAGAAGAAGCACCUGGUGCAGAGCCCCAAUUCCUAUUUCAUGGAUUUGAAAUGCCCAGGAUGCUAUAAAAUCACCACCAUCUUUAGCCAUGCACAAACAGUAGUUUUGUGUGUUGGCUGCUCUACCAUCCUCUGCCAGCCUACAGGAGGAAAAGCAAGGCUUACAGAAGGAUGCUCCUUCAGAUGGAAGCAGCACUAAAAGCCCCUGGAAUCAAGAUG